AUCGCUCACGUGACCGCGAUCACACGGGCCGAUCUCUCACGUGAUCCCGCGAAGGAGUUCCCGACUCGCUCAUCCUUUGCUGGCGAUGUCCCCCGUUUCGUUCCUUGACUGCGGCUUCGCUUGAGAGGAGGCCGCACUUGCCGCCUGGGUGGUGGUGGUGGGGUGCUCGGGCCGGUGUCUGCGUCGAUCGAGCGGCGACGGCGUUCUCCGUGGCGGUGCGGCAACCUAAAGGGCCCCGCACGACCGCUCCUCGCCUAGUUAGCCUACCGGGGACGACGAGGGGAAGGCGGUAGUGGAGGCACAGCCGAGCGGUCCCUCGACCACAGCGGCGGCGGCGCGUUGCACUGUGACGUGAAUGCGAUGUCAUUGUCGACCAAGCAGAGUUUGGAAGAUGACAACGAAUACUGGAAUGGGUCCAAGUGUAAGGGUUUCGACUUUGACGAUGACAUGGGUCAGCUCUCGGAGUCGAAGAAAACGGUGCGCAAUAUGAAAAGCUUCAGCGCCUUGGACAACGACGACAAUGAUGAGGACGAUUCUUUUGAAGGCAUCAGCUGGAGUGAAGCCACCGUUAAAGAGUUAAGACCAGUUCGUCCACCGUUAACCCUGGAGGGCUCCGCUGGGGCUCCAAGCGGCCGAGGUGCCUUGGGGUCGGCGCAGCGCUUCCUAGGUGGCAUGAGGGACAGCCUCCCCUCCCGGCCGGCUUUGUCUUCCUCCAUGCGCAGCUUGUCUUCCGGUCACUCGCUGUCCUCGCUGGGCAUGCCGGCUAAAGUGCCAAGCUUUGGACAAGACACUUCUCCAGGAGGUCGCUUUGGUAGCUCCCUGUCGAUUUCUGAAGUUGUGGAGAGUGCGUUGCCUCGACCCUCCAGCGAUAAUCAGCGACUCCGCCGUCUGCAGCAGACUGGGAAAACUGAACAUUUGUCGCCAGAGGAGACAAUCUGGAAGAUGUUAAAGGGCAAUCCCUACAGUCUGGAACAAUACAGGUCAUUGAAGGAAAAGCUGGAACUUCUGGACCGUGCGGUUCAGUUUCAUGAUGGCAACGUCAUCACAGCUAUACUGAUUUUUCUAAAGACUACUCUGAGAAAAGAGGUGCUGUUUGGCGAGCUCAUCACUCGGACGGUGGCCGCUAAUCACCUGGUGCACCUGCUCAAGCGGAGCAGGGACUGGAAGAUGCUUGUGGAGCUGCUCACGUCAAUGGGAAAGGCAGACGAAGCUGCACUCAUGGAAUACAAGACUCAUCAAACAAUGCGGGACCCUGAAAAAAGAGUGGCUUUCUUAAAGAGAUGUUUCAGCCUGCCGUUCAGCAUGGAGGACUCGGGGCACAUUCGUGAUCAAUACACCCUCCUGGAACGACAGAUCAUCAUUGAGGCCAACGACAAGAAGGUGGAGGCGGCAGGGACACUGGAGAUCUUCAAGAAGUACCCACGAAAGGCGUCCAUCCUGUUCAUGCCUCUCGUGACCACGUUCUACUACUGCUGCUUCUACCACUACGCAGAGCAGGAGGGGUCACUGAGUUGCCCUGUCAAUUUGCGAAAGAAUUUCAGCAUCACGGACAAGCAGUUUUUGUGGACGGCGCUGGCAGCAAGGUCCAAGCUUAAGGCCUGGACAGAUGUGGACAGUCUUCUGACCACCAAGCGAUGGUUUGGAACGCUCAAGAAGACGGCCCCAAUAGGGUUUCACAGGGUGGUGGACAUUGUCAGCAAAAACAACGCACCGCCAACCGUUCUGCAUGAAUACAUUAUGCUGGUGACGGAUGAAGAGCUGAAGCUGAAUCUUGCAAUCAAGCACAAGUGUCAUUCCAUCGUUGUGGAUAUGCUCUGCCAAAUGAGGGAUCGUCAGCAACUGCUUCAGUACAAGAAGGAAGUGGAGGCUGGCUCCCAGGUGGAACAAAGGAUUGUUGAAGUCCUGCAUAACCCACAAUUUAAAUGGAAGAAUUAAACAUGGCAAGUGUGCACCUCGUAAGUUACCCUUUUGUAAAAACCACUCGCGACUAAAGAUGACGUAUCUUUAUGGUAUGUUAUGUUACUUGGAUUACGCAAUCCCUAGGUAUACGUUUGUUAACUGGAGAUUGAUGUGUAUAUUUUGCUAUAAAAGUAACAGCCUGGACAUGCGGGGAAGCCAAGAACAUCGUGCACAACAUUAUAAACAUGUAAACUCAUGGCUGAAUACUGAAUAUCUAUGAAGGUUUUUUUUAUAUGUAUUAUACUAUGUCCUGACCAUAAUAAUCAAACAUUUUUUAAAAGCUGGCAUGUUCAAAUGUUGGUCGUCUUAAGAAACAACUCUGAUUUCGAAAUGCCGGUUUUUAUGCAACAGUAUUGUGUUAAGCACAUGGAGCGUUCGCACGAUUUGAAUCUGUGUUUGAAAUUGCUUCGUGUGAGUCACAUUGAUUUUUUUACGAACUGGAAAAAAACUAUCUAAAACUAAGCAAACUGAUUUCGAAGGGGCGCAACUUUAGAACAACGAGAGUGUGAAUACCAAGGCGAGUUAUUUAAGGGGGACCAGGAUUAAAGUGAGGACAUAAGUUGGACAUGAGCAGGUUGAAAGGCAGCAUAGCAAUGUGGCUUGAGAAGAAAGUUGUCAAUCAGCGCAAAUUGCCUGCUAUGACUUGGAUCAGAAUCGUGGACGUUGGCAAAGAACAUGGAAGAAAAAAAUCUUAAGAGUGCAAAGCAGCAUCAGGGGGCACAUGCUUGGAAUUACAUUGACAGACAGAACAUACGCCCAGUUGGAGACAUCGUCUUGACUUGAGCAGGGCACGUUGCCAGAGGUGACGAUGGCAGGUGAUCACGGAUGAUCGCGGAGUAGCUGCCGAAGGAGGGGAAACGCACUCGAGAGGAGAUCCACAAAAGAGACGGAGCAAUGAGAUCGGAUCGCACGCAGUGUUCUCAACGAUUGUGGUGGUCGUGCGGAAUGGUGACGGCUUGGGUGGGGGGGGGUCUUCACGGCCUUUGAUUUGUAUUAUUUGACACUUAAAUACUGUAUACAAAAAACACAGUUGAUUCGGGUAUUGUGCCACAUUGGCUUAUUGUAAUAAAUAUCAAACUGGAAAUUGCGUUACAAAAAAAUUAUACCGUGAAAUUGUGUUGUAUUGGAAAUAUUGUUAUUUGCAAGUGCUUACACUUAAUAUACUUGGAAGAUGUUUUGUGGCAUUUAUUAUGACUUUGCAAUUAAACGCUUUCCCAAUACCUAA